CGGAUGCGAUGCAAUGCAGGAUUGAUGACCCAAAUUGUAAAAAGAUUGUCGAGCGAAAUCUUUCCACCAUUUUCAAACCUCAAUUGUCCCAACUGCUUAUGUGCUGCAAUCCACCUCCACUUCACUCUUCUUGCUGAUAACCUUGCUGCACUCCCAUGGCGAAUCCGAAAUCCAGCCCCAAAUCCGACCCGGAAUCAUCCAAGUCCAACUCCCGAGCUGUUCUCAAGUUUCUUGCUGAGUUCAGCCCUUCAGAUUCCAAUUCCUCUCAAAUUCGAUCGCUUGCAAUCUUCACGCUUUCCGAUUCCCAAUCCGUAAUCUACCUCGGCACGACUUCAGGCUCUUUAGUUUCUGUAUCUGUAGACCCUAAUUCUCCCAGCACCCACUCGGCUCUGGCAUAUGACCGCCAAGUCACUGUGGGUGCUAGUCCUGUAAAUUCUAUACACGUGAUAGAGGAUAUUGGCGAAGUAAUUGCCCUGUGUGAUGGAUUUCUUUACUUGGUUGAUUUGCUUUUGCUCGAACCUAUCAAGAAACUCAGUCUGAUAAAGGGAGUAACUGUAUUAUGUCGGAGACUCCUAAGUAGGAGUCUAACCUUUAAUAGAGACAAUGUUGUGCACCGAUCCAAUGAUAUGAAACUGAAAGAAGAGGGCUGCUUCUUUGCGGUUGCUGUCGGGAAGAAAUUAAUUGUGGUUGAGUUGGUUUUUGGUGGUUCUUUAGUGAUUUUGAAGGAGAUUCAGGGUUUCCCUGAGGGUUCUAUGGGUUUAGCAUGGGUGGAUGAUUCAAUAUUUGUUAGCACUAGAAAUGGGUAUUAUUUAUAUUCGUACUCAAGUGGUCAGGGAGGGCUGUUAUUUUCUCUCCCUGAUUCGUCUGGACCGCCUUUGAUGAAAGUAUUGUGUAAGGAAUGCAAGGUUAUGCUAAUGAUGGAUAAUGUAUGCGUUAUUGUGGAUGCUGAAGGUCAGCCUGUUGGUGGCAGCUUGGUGUUUCGUGAAGCGCCAGAUUCAGUAGGAGAGGUAGGGCCAUAUGUGUUGGUGAUUAGAAAUGGGAAGGUAGAACUUUAUCAUAGAAAGUCUGGAAAUUGUGUGCAGCGAGUUCCAUUUGUGUCUGAAGUAGGUACUCGGGGUAUUUUGGCAGAUGAAGGCAAUGGAAAAGGACAAUUUGUUGCUCUGGCAACAGGCUCCAAGGUCAUAUGUUUCCAAAAGGUAUCAUCUGAAGAUCAAACUAAGGAUCUACUGCGCAAGAAAAACUUUAGCGAAGCUGUAUCUUUGAUGGAAGAUCUCUGGAAUGAAGGUGAAAUUACAAAGGAUAUGCUAUCCUUUGUCCAUGCUCAAGUGGGAUUCCUUCUGCUGUUUGACUUGCAGUUUGCAGAAGCAGUUGAUCAUUUUUUGCUUUCAGAAACCAUGCAACCAUCUGAACUCUUUCCAUUCAUCAUGCGGGACCCAAAUCGAUGGUCUCUGCUGGUUCCAAGGAACAGAUAUUGGGGCUUGCAUCCUCCUCCUGCACCUCUUGAAAAGGUUGUUGAUGAUGGAUUAAUGGCUAUUCAAAGAGCUAUUUUUCUCAAGAAGGCAGGUGUUGAGAGUACCGUGGAUGAAAAUUUUCUCUUCAACCCUCCAAGUAGAGCUGGAUUACUAGAGAUUGCUGUUAAAAACAUGACCAGAUAUUUGGAAGUUUCUCGCUUAAAAGAUUCAGCUUUGCCAGUAAAAGAGGGAGUUGACACCCUUUUGAUGUACCUCUAUAGAGCCCUUAAUCGCGUCGAUGACAUGGAAAAACUUGCAUCAUCUGAUAAUAACUACUGUGUAGUGGAGGAGUUGGAGUCGUUAUUGAGUGAAUCUGGGCAUCUAAGGACACUUGCUUUUUUGUAUUCCAGUAAGGGAUUGAUCUCUAAAGCUCUUGCCAUCUGGUGUACAUUGGCUAGAAAUGCAAACAACAUGAAAGAACUGGUUGGUGGAAAUGUUCUUCAAGACAACUCCAAGUGUAUUAACCCUGAUCAAGAGACAGCCGUUGCUGAAGCCUCAAAGAUUUUGGAGGAAUCAUCUGAUCAAAAUUUGGUAUUGCAACAUCUAGGAUGGAUUUCAGAUAUCAAUCAAGUUUUAGCAGUUCAAGUCCUCAUAUCUGAAAAACGAAUGGUACUGUUCUCACCAGAUGAAGUGAUAGCUGCAAUUGAUCCAAAAAAAGUGGAGAUUCUACUCAGGUAUCUCCAGUGGUUAAUUGAAGAGAAGGAGUCAGACGACACUCAAUUUCACACAACAUAUGCUAUUUUGCUUGCUAAGUCGGCUCUUGAUGCUUAUGAAAUGGAACAUGUGUCGAAAAGCAAUGUAGGGAAUCCUAUCUUUGAGAGUCAUGUCAGAGAGAGGUUGCAGAUCUUCUUACAUUCGUCUGACUUGUAUGAUCCAGAAGAGGUCCUUGAUUUAAUUGAAGGAUCUGAACUGUGGAUGGAGAAGGCUAUUCUUUACCGGAAGCUUGGUCAGGAAACAUUAGUGCUACAAAUUUUGGCUUUAAAGCUAGAGGACUGUGAGGCUGCAGAACAGUAUUGUGCAGAGAUUGGUAGAUCAGAUGCAUACAUGCAGUUACUUGAUAUGUACUUGGAACCCAUGAAUGGCAAGGAACCCAUGUUUGCAGCUGCUCUUCGGCUUCUACAUAACCAUGGAGAAAUUCUUGAUCCAUUUCAAGUCUUGGAGAGAUUGUCACCUGAUAUGCCCCUUCAUCUUGCCUCAGAGACAAUAUUAAGAAUGUUGAGAGCCCGUCUCCACCACCACCUGCAAGGACAAAUUGUACAUAAUCUAUCUCAUGCUUUGGAAGUGGAUGCAAGCUUGGCGAGAUUGGAUGAAAGAUCACGCCACGUUUUGAUUAAUGACGAGUCUGUAUGUGAUUCUUGUCAUGCUCGCCUUGGAACCAAACUAUUUGCUAUGUACCCCGAUGACACAAUUGUUUGCUACAAGUGCUUUCGCCGCAAAGGGGAAUCCACUUCAGUGACCGGCCGCAAUUUUAAGAAAGAUAGUCUGUAUAAGCCUGGUUGGUUGGUGACACGGUAACUGCAUUGUUCAAAUUUUGUGGUCGUCUUCCAUUUCAGCUGUUCUGUGUCUACAUCAAUAUGCUUCACAAUAUGCCGCAAAAGGGGAAUCCACUGAUAGAAUAACUCAGAGAGGAUGAGACGGUUCACAAUAUGCUUCUCUUGAGCAUUUGGUGUCCAAGCACAUGCCAAGGUGAGUUCGCGUAUUUAUGUGUAUUAUAGUGUAUUAAAAAUGACAGUCUGGCUGCCAAAUGUUUGGCAAAACCUGAAAAGGAGUUUUUGUUUUGCAUUGGUUAGUGUUUCACUGUUUUCUUGUUGAGUUUCAUUGUACAAAUUCAUUGUGUUACAAUGAGAGCUUUUAUAUCUCUGGAUAUUGAAAUUAGUAUAAGUAUGGUGGAAGCUAUCUUUUGGAGUGAGAUUUUAUCCCUCAGAUAAGAAAGAAUAUUUUGAGCU